AUGAUUAUAUCGACGGAGAGAUGGAGGGCUUUGGUGGUCUGGUGUGGGUUAUUGGGUAUGGCCUUGGCCAAGGACUUUAGAGACGGUGGUGAUGAAUCAUCUUCGCCGUCUGGACGACAUAUGUCGACUAUGAGCCGGGACGAUAGACAGGCUGGCUAUUUCCGCACGACUUGGAAUAGUUUUCCACCCAUAGUGACAUUGGGACAGAACUACAUACUCAACUAUAAGGUGAUCGAUGAUGCCUCUAAGGACGACAUUUCACGCCUGCUUAUACUAUGCUAUACGAACAAACCAGAAGUAAAUUUGGAUGCCACCAAUACAUGGACUGUUCUGUUCAAUGUUUCUUAUGGCUGUUCGUUAUCGGAUUCUCAUGGGGGAUUCUGUCACUUUAGCAAAGACCUAGAGAGCACUGUGGACAUCACCUUAGAUCUCAGAGACAACACAACGGCCUUGGAACCAUACGAGAAUGCCACUACAAAUGCAUUCUUCUUUUGUUUCACCGAUGAAUUCGACGAGACGACUGGUUCCGUCGUUUGUGGAUCUUAUAGUCCAUUUUUCAGAAUAGCACCGGCUGCAUUAGCUCCAAGUUCUGCGGGGCUAAAGCGACAAGCAGCAAUCCCGACAUUAGCAUCUGCUAUCGAUUCUGAAGCAUCUUCAAUCACGAGUGCAGUCGCUGCAACCGCCACCGCAGCGGCUACAUCAUUAUUCACUAUUUUGAGCUCCACUGGGCUUUUGAGUCAGAUAGGUGCCAACACCAAUAUUGUGUCGCAAACCUCAGCAUCUGAUGCUCCCACGACAGCAUACUCAUGGAUAGCAACAGUAACAACAUCACCUACCUCCCCACCUACUGGAACUGGUGCGGACUCAGCCGACGCAACCGGUACAUCCUCCUCCCCAACCUCCAAAUCCAGCGGACUCUCCCUCGGCGCCAAAAUCGGCAUCGCUCUCGGCCUCAUAAUUUUCGCUUUCUUCAUCCUCCUAGCCAUCCUCCUUUUCCUUCGUCGCCGCCGCAAGAACCCUCCUCCAAACUCCUCUCGUACCCCCGAAAAUCCGCUCCUUAGCUCUUCCCUAAAGAACAACGAAUCCCGAGACCUAUUUGUGGCAGAGAAACUCGGUCUUACCGAUCGCAGCGAUACCAAUACUCCUCUCACAUCUCGCGGCGCUGGUAUUGGUAUGGGUAUGGGUGUGGGUAUGGGUAUGAAUAUGAGUACCGGUGGUCCAUACGACCACGAAGAGGUCGAUGAUUUAUCUACGGAUUUGCCUGCUCCCGGCAGCGCAUUCACGGCAAAUACACCCGUACCCAUUAGUCCGCGACGCAGCCAAGCGGCCCACACAUUGCGGAGCGAGGGUUUGGGGAGUCAGCCCAUUAGUAUCGCAUCUGGGAUUUCUCGUCCGGUAUCGCCUGUAAAUAGCGGUGCUGCAGGUAGCAACAGUAGCGAUAGCGGGGACCUGAGUCGCGAAACAAGUCGUGAACGGAUUGGGGAAAGGAGUCUUUUUGAUCAGGAACCGUAUACGGAUAAUGUUGGUGCCAAUGGGACAGGGACAGGGACAGGAGUAGGAGCAGGAGCAAUAGAAAGGGCAAGAAAUGAAGGAAGAUCGAUUUUGGAUAUUCCGAAAGUAUAUCAGGGAACGCUACAAGCGCCGUUUCUGAGCGAACCGGGGAUGUCGCCGGAAGAAGUGGCGACGCUGGAGGAGGAGGAGAGGAGGAUCGAUGAGGCGAUUGCGGAGGCGGAGGAGGAGAGGAGGAGGGCUAGGGAGGUGAGGGGGAGAUAA